AUGGACUUGAUUCUCCUCGAUAACUUUGACAUCAUCUUCAACAUUAACUUCUCAGCCAUCAUGUCGAACAGAGGACGUGGUCGAGGUUCUUUAUUCCAACGUGGCAGAGGCGGGGGCCUGCUAGGCUCAGCAGUCCGAAGCGUGGCUGGCGGCAUUGGUCUCGUAUCAGAGAGCGUCAGUGCCUACAAAGACAAAAAGAGCUCUGAGAAAGGUACAGCCUCGUCAGAGCCAGGCCCAAGCCAGCAGCCUCAAAAAAGCGAGGUCGCUGCCAGUGACAAAACACCACCUGACCAGCAUCUGCAGCCCAGCCCUAAAGAUGAUUUGACGGAGAGGCAGUGGGAGCUCGAUGAAACGCAAUCUGAGCUGCUAUCGAAUCCUGAGGGUGAUUCCACCUCAUCGAAACGGGUACAGGAUAUACCAGAUCUUGUCAGCGCGUUUCUCAAAGCUCAUGGCUCGACAACUACCGCGACUUCCGAUCAGCCCAGUUCCCGUUUGGAACUUCCCGUGAUUCUUGCGCAGCGGAGGCCAAAGGACCGAACUCGUGGAUUUGUCCGUGGUUAUGCCCCCAUGCUCGAGACAGUUGGCAUUGACCAGGCGGCUUGGCUUGAUUUCCUCGACAAAUUCGAUCAGUCCACCACAUCGUCGUCGUGGAUCCAAGUCAUCAAUUUUGCGGAAAUAGGUGGCUUCUUUAUACCAAUUGCGCCCAGUAUCGCUAUAAGUGCAGCGGUAUAUAUGACUAUUGAGGUCGGCAAGGAUAUGCAUAGCAGACAGAGGUCGAACAAGUUCUUGUCUGAGAUGAAUGAGCAGUAUUUCUAUCCAAAGGGCUUGUGUUGCCUUCUUAUGACUUGGCGAGAGGACACCGGAAAGCCUCAGGAGAUUGUUGAUGUAACAUCGACUGUUGCUUCUUCGAUGGGAUCAUACGACUCUGGGAUAACUAACAAGUUCAAGAAUUCUCAUGGCAAGACCUACGGCGACUUUGCUCUUCCGGAGUCUGCACCUCUUAUCUUCCCCACAUUGGAUGUUCUUGCUGCAGCCGAUAAUGAAGAGUCUGUAGGGUUCAAGCAGAGCUUGGGCAAUAAGAAAUCAUACAUUCAGGAAUACUAUGAUAGGAGAUCGCAGGCUCAGUUUGCUCAAAACAGACCAGAUAAUCUCCUGGCUAACCAGCAAGAAGCGCCACAGUUUACGUCCAGAUACGCUGACCCAAGCCAUCCUUCCAACAACGGGUCUGUGAUUUCGCUCAUAACUGGAGGAUACAUCAACCCCAAUCGACUUCGCCAAGGCGCGAAUGGGCCAGCUUCAAAGCAAGAACAGGGUGGUAGACCAAACAAGCCAGGGCUUCCCCUGCCCUUCAAGCCAGUUCAUGCGACAAAGAAAUUUCUUUUCAAUAAGGACGUUCUGUACCUCAUGGUGGUCAACCUGCCAACAGAGGAAGAGCUCAACGAGGCAAAGGCUGCUUUGGCACAGAGAUAG